AUGCCGCCCGCGAAGCGAGUCAAGAGCGGCGCAGGUCCCCGGCUAAAAGCUGCACCCUCCGAAGGGCACGCCGCAGCGGCCGGUGAUGUUGAAGGCGGCGAGUUUGCGAGCCUAGCUCGGCAACAUUGGUUGAAGACUCCAGAACAACAGCAGCAGCAAGAACAGCAACAGCAACCGCAGCGGCAGACGAGGAAUACGAAAAAGAAGGUCAAGAACGACGUGCUCAAGCGCGAGAUCUGGGAUGUACUGGAGAAGGAGAACUUUCCGCAGAAGUCGCUACUUGAGUUGGAGGGGCUGCAGAUACUGGAAAGUUAUCUAUGGCCUGGUUACGGCGAGGACUCGUCCAACUACCAUGUCCUGCUCAUUGUUCUCAUAGUGAACGCUAAGCGGAGGGAGCGAUUGGGGACUUGGGAUAUCUUCGUGGAUCGCCCGGCCGACUUCUCCGAUCUCUUCCGCCGCGCCCUCUCCAUGACACUCGACGCCUCGCUGUCGUGGACUAUCAGGACCUACGUCUUGCUCUUCAUCAUCCAUGGCUUCCAGAGCCUAGACUACAGCAUUGUCCGCAAGGAGUGCGCCCCGCUGGUCUCCAUCUCCAUCUGGCACAACAUGUCGACCGAGAGCAAGCGGACCGCCAUUCUAGAGGCCAACCCGCAGCUGAAGAAGGCGUGGCGGGCAUCUGCCAAGCGCUACGACUCGGCCGACGACGCGGGGAAAGCUCGCCUGUUGUUCGAGAGGUCCUGGUUGUAUACCCUGGUGUUGGACUUUUUGAGUCUUCUCUACACCAACAGCCCCAAACCUGAGCAAGUUCUUUACUGCGAGCGCUUCGUGGAGCUCUUGACCGACCUGCAGAGCCAGCUUCCCACGCGGCGCUACGUCAACACGCUGCUGCAGGAUAUGCACGUCCUGCCUGCAAUGACGCUGUCACCUGUCUACAACGACGAGUCGAACGGGUUACUACGGGAGCUGACUGCUCUCUUCUCCCAUUACACUCGCUUCACCGUCGAUGACCACUCCGGCGCGCAACUCACCCAGAACGAGGCCUACGACCGGCACUGUGGGACGUUGGCUAAGCUGCAGCGGACGGCGCUGAAGUACUUCAAGGAAAAGCUGACUCUUUUGGCGCUGUCCAACUACGGGUCCAUCGAUAAGCGGGCCGGACUCGAACCGCUCCUCCAGCCCCUGACGGACGACGAGCUCGCUCAGUUGACGGACCACUUGGGCUUGCGGAUCGCGUACCCCGAGUCGACCAAGGUGCCCGUGGACCGCAGGUUUUUGAUAGAGGUUCUGUUGUGGACAUUCGAGCGGCACAAGACCUUCCAGGAAGCCGCCCGUGACCUGAGCGUGCUCCCGACCGAGGAGGAGCUUUUCGACAUUGGGCUGAGGAGAACGGAUCGCUACGACGGGUCUAAGCCCGUGGCUCUCCCCAAACUCAACCUCCAGUACCUCUCAGUGGGCGACUUCCUGUGGCGCGCCAUGGUCCUGUACCGGUGCGAGGCCUUCUACGCGAUCCGCCAGGAUAUCGAGGACGUCUUGACCAGGAUGAAGCCAAACAGCAAACAGCCCGGGGUGACGACCUUCUCGGGCUUCUCCCGGAUGGCCCUGCCUAUCGCCAAACCGACCAUUCUCGAAGUCGUGCCGCCCCGUGUCGGCCAAGACAGACCCUCGCUCGUCCGGGCCGAAGUCGCCAUUGAGCUGAGAAGGCUUUCACCGCAUGUGCGGCGGGAGUGGGAAUCGCUGCGUCCAGACGACGUGUUGUUCCUCGUCGCUGUUGAUGCCUCCAAGUCGAAACAGAUCGCUAACGGCGGCCCGCCGCUGUCCGAGGCCGAGAAGCUGGGUCUGGUGUCUGUCCGCGCGGCCGAGGUCAUCCAGGUGCUUGACGACAGGGGGCGGGCGAUCCGGGAUGCGCAGGCGUAUUUCGAUGGGCGGAACCGUAGCGACUCAAGAAAGAUUCAGGUACGGCUGGAUGCUUCGACGUUUGUCGAGGACACGGAUGGGAAGGUGAAUGUCUACGACGGGAUCAACCUGCUCGUGCGGAGAAGCGGCCGAGAGAACAACUUCAAGCCGGUGCUCGAGUCGAUCCGAGACCUCACGCUGUCUGAUGUCCCGCUGGCGUCCUGGCUGCACGAGGUCUUUCUCGGGUACGGUGAUCCGGCCGGGGCCACGUACAAGCACCUGCCCAACCGCGUCGGGAAGAUCAAUUACCGGGACACGUUCUUGGACUGGCAGCAUCUUAUCGAGAGCCUGCCCGGCAAGAUCAUUGAGCCCAGCGACGACGUAUCGGGCAGCUUUGGCCCGCCGUAUGUGUUAGAGACGGUGGAGAAACAGAAACAGGCCGAGACGGCGGUCUCGAAACCGUCUAAGAAGAGAAGGCGAGACGCCGAGCCGGCCUUGAUCGCAGAGAUCGAGACCAUCCACGUCUCGACGUACCAGCCGCCCAACAACGGACCGUACCCGAUCGACGCGCCGAAGCUAAACACGGUCCGCUUCACACCGACCCAGAUCGAGGCCAUCGUGUCGGGCACGCAGCCUGGUCUGACGGUGAUCGUGGGUCCUCCGGGUACGGGCAAGACGGACGUGGCGACGCAGAUUAUCAACAACAUCUACCACAACUUCCCGGAGCAGAAGACGCUGCUCAUCGCCCACAGCAACCAGGCGCUCAACCAGCUCUUUGCCAAGAUCGUAGCCCUGGAUAUUGACGAGCGCCACCUGCUGCGUCUCGGUCACGGAGAGGAGGAGCUCGAGACGGAGGGGAGCUUCAGCAAGCACGGCCGGGUUGAAUCGUUCCUCGAGAACCGACAGCGGUUUCUGCUGGAGGUGAAUCGCCUCGCCGCGAGCAUGGGCGCGCCAGGGGCCCACGGCAACUCGGCCGAAACAGCGGGCUACUUCAACUCGGUCUACGUCGAGCCAGCAUGGGCCAGGUUCACGGACAGCGUUCAGAAGGAGGAAGUUGGCCCCAUCGAGAUCGUCGAGGCGUUUCCAUUCCACGGCUACUUUGCGGAUGCCCCGCAGCCCCUUUUCCCCGUCGAUGCCGACCGCCAGGCCGCCCUGGACAUUGCCACGGGCUGCUACCGGCACAUCGCCAAGAUCUUCUCGGAGCUGGCCGACGUGCUGCCGUUUGAGAUCCUGCGGCGCGACAAGGACAAGGCUAACUACCUGCUCACCAGCGAGGCCCGCAUCGUCGCUAUGACCUCGACCCACGCGGCCAUGAAGCGGGGCGAGAUCGCCUCGCUUGGGUUUCACUAUGACAACGUGGUCAUGGAAGAAGCCGCGCAGAUCACUGAAAUCGAGAACUUCAUCCCGUUUGCCAUGCAAAAACCAAAGCAGCAGCAGGACGGGUCAUCAUCAUCAUCACCACCAUCAUCAGGCCUCCAACGCGUCGUCCUCUGCGGCGACCACUACCAAAACUCCCCCGUCAUCCAAGGCCUCGCCUUCCGGCAAUACGCCAACCUCGAACAAUCCCUCUUCUCCCGCCUCGUCCGCCUGGGCGUACCCACCAUCCACCUCGACCAGCAAGGCCGCGCGCGCCCGUCCAUCGCCAACCUCUACCGCUGGCGCUACCCAGGCCUAACCGACCUGCCACACACCCAAACAGCCCCCGAGUUCCGCGCCGCCAACGCCGGGUUCAAGUACGACUUCCAGUUUGUCGACGUGCCUGACUACAAGGGCCGCGGCGAGACGGAACCCUCGCCGCAUUUUGUGCAGAAUCUCGGCGAGGCUGAGUAUGCGGUGGCCAUAUACCAGUAUAUGCGCCUGCUGGGGUACCCGGCGGCGAAGAUUAGUAUUUUAGCCACGUAUGCGGGUCAGCGCGCGCUGAUUCGUGAUGUGCUGGCGCAUCGGUGUGCGAAGAACCCUGUGUUUGGCCUGCCGCGGGUUGUCACGACGGUGGAUAAAUAUCAGGGCGAGCAGAACGACUACAUCAUCCUCUCCCUAACGCGCACCACCCGCCCCGGCUACCUCCGCGACCUCCGCCGUCUCACCGUCGCCCUCUCCCGCGCCCGUCUCGGCCUGUACGUCCUCGGCCGUCGCGCCGUGUUCGAAGCAAGCCCCGACUUGCGCGCUGCGUUUGAUCGGCUCCUGCGUCGGCCGGAUCGGUUGGUGCUCGUCACGGGGGAGAUGUGGCCUGCUCAGAGGGAGGUUUUGGCUUCUGCUUCUGCUGCUUCUUCGGGUGGUGCUGCUGAGGAGGUGGAUGUGACCAUCCCCGGCGAGGCGGUCAUGGAAGGAGUGGAACACCUCGGGCAGUAUGUCUUUGAGAUGACCAACACGCGGCUGCAGCAACUGCGGGAGGUGAAGGGGCUGGCCGCCGUGGGUGGUGGUGGUGAUGGGCUGCUGCCGGCGGUGGUGGAGGAGAUUGAGGAGGGAUAUGGGGGGCUUGAGGUAGAGGGGAAGGGGACGGCGUUGGGUGAAGGGGAGGGCGAGGGUGGUGAAGAGGAGGAGGAGGAGGAGAAGCAGGAGGAGAUGGAUAGGGUUGCGAGGGGUGAAGGGUUUGAAGCGGAGGAGGAGUAG